UCCAUUCUUAGAGUCAACCAAGGAAUGUUGAAUUUUCAUUUUGUGGAGUUACAGAGUUAUCAGCAUGAGAGGAAAAGUUACUUUUGUAACAGAGGAAUCUGUAAGUCUGGAAAUAAUUGGAAACGUUUCAAACAACAAAGUCAAACUUUUUCUUUUAUUCAGAACUUAACAGGGCUUACUUGUCAACGAGCUCUCAUACUGAUUGACCACGGCAGUAAGCUUCCUGAAGCAAAUGAUCAAUUGGCCAAAGUAGCUUCGUUGGUUGCCAAGCGUUGUCCUACUGUAUUUGUUACCUUUGCUCAUAUGGAGUUGGCUAAACCUGAUUUGAUGGAGGCUUUUAUGCGUUGUGUCGAAAACAAUGCAAGGAGCAUCACCGUCUGUCCUUUUUUCUUGUUUCCUGGAAGACAUUCAACAGUUGACAUUCCAGAAAUGGCCAAAAAUUGUAGCAGUCAAUUUCAUAAUGUGACUUGUCGAGUUGUGGAGCCUUUAGGUGUUCACGAAAAGUUGGUAGAUAUUGUAUUGGAAAGGGCAGGUUUUGUUCAAGAAGGAAAAUACGAAUAGAGAGUUUUCCUGUCACCUUAGAAUUUCGUGUUUUGACUUUUCAAUCACAUAAGUGUGUCCGCCUUUUUAGUGUAGAUAUGGAUUGUUUCCAAGUAAACACAAUACUGAAGGA